UUUUCACCAAUUAAUGCAAAUUAUUAUACCAAUCAAUCUGAUUCAACAUUGAUCAUCAACUGAAUGAAUGUCAAAAAAGGGUAAAACCUUCACCUUGCAACCUUUCAGUGAUUAUCAUCAUCAUCAUCAUCAUCAUUUGAUGAUUAUCAAUUUGUUCCAUAAUGAACAUUCAAAUAAUUUCAGGUUUCAAAGCAAAAUUUUCAAGGUAAAUUUCAUUAUCCAACCACCGAUAAUAAAAACUUGACCAUUUUUUCAAUAUCGAUCCUAUGGCUAAUAAAUCAACAACAAAAUUAUUAAAUUCUUCAAUUGAAUCAAUAAUCAAUAAUCAAAAUUUUCAAAAAACUGCCAACACUGAUCAACAACAAUCGAUUCAUUCAUCAAUUACCGUUUUGAACGAUGAAUUGAGUAUUAAUCAAACAGCUAAUGCUUUUGCUACUGCUAGUGAUUCCAAAACAUCGCCAUUCAGUGAUCAAAUCAACAAUCUUUUUCAAUACAUGAAGGAUUUAUUAUUUCCAACAAUAACAUCAAAUGAUCAUGGAUCAUCAGCCGAAAAUAAUAAUGAUGAUGAUGAAGAUUUUGGUGAUUAUUUCAAUCUAGCAUCCAGUGGUUUUGGUAAUAAUAAUAAUUUAGAUUAUGAUGAUGAAAUGAUAUUGUUCAAUACAACGGCAGAAAAAACUAUUUUAAACGAUUUUGACGAUUCACAAAUAACGUUUGAAAAUUUGACAUCAUCAAUUAAUUUAAAUUCCACAUCAUCAUCAUCAUCAUCGAUUGCAACAAUAAUGCCAACAAUAAUACCUCGUUAUAAUUCACGUAAUAAUUUGGUUGAUGAUAUAAAUCGUUUGAUUAAUCAUAAUCAUCGUGAUAAUGAUGGUGGUGGUGGUGGUGGUGAUAAUCAUCGAUCAUUAUCAACAACAACUACAACAACAACAACAACAACAAUGACACCGAUACAGAAAUUAUUUGACAUAGAUAAAAUGAUAAGAACAUCACAUGGUAUUCGACCAAAUUUAGAUUCCACCACUACCACUAUAGAUACUUUUGUCAAUGUUGAUCACCAAAAUCAUCAUAAUCAAGAUAAUGGUAAUGAUGAUGAUGUUUUUAAAAGUCAAUCAUCUUCAAUAGAAAAUAUUUUUUUAACAUCUCCAACAACGACAACGACGAUAGCAUCGAAUUUGACCAUUGAUGAAUAUCAACGACCAAAUUUUUUUCAUACGUCAACCACUGAUAUUUCAGUGGAAAAUAUUCAAACCGAUGAUACACUGAUGAAUAACAUAUUUUCAUUUGCCGGUGAUUCACAAUGUUUUCAUUCACCUGAUGAUUAUGAAUUAAUUACAUCGAUGCUUUGUUCCAGUCUGUUGGUAUUGGGCAUUGUUUAUUUCACAUAUGGUUAUCGUUGUUUUCGCGCAUUUAGUUUUUUCGUUGGUUUCUUACUUGGUGCCAUAUUAUUUCAUACAAUCUGUACGGCGGAAAAUAUAUCGAUCACUAUACCAGUAUUGAUUCCACAACAUGGUAAUCUGAUUGCCGCAUUGUUUGCCGGAUUGAUUAUUGGUUCAAUUACAAUGCUAGUCGCCUAUUUUGGUCUUUUUAUUAUUGGCAUAAAUUUUGGCCUUAUGUUAGCCAUUGGUUUAUUGAUUGUGAUUUAUCUAUUACGACCAUAUUAUAUUCCAUUACAAGCACCAUUGUCAUCAUUAACAUUAUUGAUAUUUUUUGUUGCAUUAAGUUUAGUUGGCUCAUUAACAACUGUUUAUUUUUCUAAAGGUGGUACCAUAAUGGCAUCAAGUAUGUACGGAAGUGCAUUGACAUUAUUAUGUAUCGAUUAUUUUCUUGAAGAUUUCAAAGUGAUACAUUGGUUUUUGGAUCAUUUAAGUAGCAAUAGUGGUAGUAGUAACAAUAGUAGCAGUAUUGCAAUCGAUGUCAAUAAUAAUAAUGGUGGUGAUUUCAUUCAUUCAUCGAUAAAUCCAACAAAUGAUUGGUACGGACUAUUGACCGGUAUAAAACGUUCACAAAAAUUAUGUCCUGGUUCGUUUAUCAUAUUGUUAUUAUGGCCAAUAUUAACACUGUUUGGUAUGAUCAUUCAAAGCUGUUGUACAGCACGUCAUUAUAAAUAUGGUAAUGGUGGCUAUGGUAUGGUUGAUAAUACAAGUGGCCGUGGUACACCACCAUCGCUUCUGAAUAAUUCAAGAGAAAGUAUUCGUAGCCUCAAUCAUUAUCAUCAUUAUUCAUAUCCGAAUAAAUCGGCUAAAUUAUAUCAUCAAUCAACGAAUAGUGUACGAUCACAACAAAAUGAUCGAUCAUUAACGAAAAAUUCGUUGAAUCUGGAUGAACAACGUCUUGAACAACGUCAUCGUAAAUAUCGUUAUCUUUAUCAAGUACGAACAGCACAUGGAGAUGUUAUUUCACAGCAUUAUCUACAAAGUUUACAAAAUAAAAACAAAAUCAUCAAAAUCAGCAACAACAACAAUUGUGCCCCGGAUCAGGAUAGUUUUACAUUCAAUUCGGAUUUAUCAUCACAUUUUUUUCCAUCCGAAAGUCGUACAACAACAUUAAGUGUAGCAUAAUGCAGAUGGAUAGAUGGAUGGAUUUCGAUGAAUUGUUUUUUUUCCUUCUUCAUACAUCUCAUCAUCAUCAUCAUCAUUAUUAUUAUUCGACUGUGAUGUUAUAUCAUAUGCAUACAUAUUCUCUAUAUUUGUCUAUGAAUGAAUUGUUUUUUUUUCAUUCAAUCCAAUAUUUAUACAAACGAAAUUUUGCUUUGCAUCAUCCAGAAACACAAACAUUCAAGAUAAAUGGCCAUCAUCAUCAUCAUCAUCAUGAUCAUCGUAGUCAUUGCCGUAAUCAUAAUUCAUCAAUUAUAACAACUGUUGAUGUGGAUGAAUAUAUAAUGAAAAUUAGAUCACAAUUGUGUGUAUGCGACUACUACAACGACUACGAUGUCGUCGUCGACAACAAAUGAUGAUGUUCUUUCGUUGUUAUUUAGCAUAUAUAUAUACAUACAUGAUUUAUGUGUUCUAUAUAAACAGAUAACAUUUUAUUUCGUUUCAUUUUCAAUUAUUAUUAUGAUGAUGUUCAUCCAUUUCCAUUUAUUUUAAUUCUAUUUACGCGAAUUCA